UCUGGGCUCACAGCUGGGUGGCCCGCUGCUACCGGGAGUGAGCCGAGCAAGAGCCACUUAAGCGAUUGUGUGAGAGGAGCUUGGCGGGGCAGUGGCCGGAGACUUUCUCGUUUCCUCGUGCUCUAGGGAGCCGCGCGGCGGGAGGACGCUCCGCUCUCAGUUGCCUGCAACAAGCCCGAGGCGGGAGCUCGGAGCGCUCUAGCCCAGCUACCAAGAAAGACAGCAGCAGGAAGGUAGGAACACUAGCUGUCUGCUCUGCCUCUGAUCUACAAUGAGUGCCAAAUCUGCUAUCUACAAAGAAAUUUUUGCUCCACAUGACGAACGGAUGCUUGGAGCAGUCCAAGUAAAAAGGAGAACGAAGAAAAAGAUUCCUUUUCUAGCAACUGGGGGUCAGGGUGAAUACUUAACCUACAUCUGCUUGUCAGUGACAAACAAGAAACCUGCACAGGCAUCUAUUACAAAAGUUAAGCAGUUUGAAGGUUCUACAUCGUUUGUUCGAAGGUCACAGUGGAUGCUUGAACAACUUCGCCAGGUUAAUGGUAUAGACCCUCAUCGAGAGUCCGCAGAAUUUGAUUUAUUAUUUGAAAAUUCUUUUGACCAAUGGGUAGCAAGUACAGCCUCUGAAAAAUGUACAUUCUUUCAAAUUCUCCAUCACACCUGUCAGCGGUACCUAACAGACAAAAAACCAGAAUUUAUCAAUUGCCAGUCUAAAAUUAUUGGAGGAAACAGCAUACUACAUUCAGCAGCAGACAGUGUAACCAGUGCAGUACAGAAGGCAAGUCAAGCUUUGAAUGAGCGUGGUGAAAGGUUAGGUCGAGCAGAAGAAAAAACAGAGGAUAUGAAGAACAGUGCUCAGCAGUUUGCAGAAACUGCACACAAGCUUGCUAUGAAGCACAAGUGUUGAAGAUGCCUAAUACAGAUAUCAUCCAUAGAGGAACUAAAAAGUUAGGUUCAUCACUUUUUAUUGGAGAUACAACCUCAUUUCUGCUUUUUCCUACAGCCAAUGAAGCCCAGGUAUUUCAGUUGCAGGUGGGAAAUACGUUGCAUUCCUACAUUUUCUGUUGCUGAGCAAUUCUGCAAUAUUGUCAAACUUUUUAUUUUAUUUAAAAUAAGAGUUAUUGUUAACAUAGCAAUUGGACCGACAUAGAGAACUGUGUUAAUGUGCAGCAUCCCACUGUUCUUAGUAUUAUGCAGGAAGGAAUAAAAUUAGCUACAAGAGAAAUUAACAAAUUAAAAUAAAAUCUAAGCACUUGUUACAUAAUUGUCUCGUAGCAUAAUUUUUGGAGUUAUGUGGCUCUUGCCUUCAGAUGUUGAGCAAAGCAAAAUGGGUUGCCAUUAAAGAGUCUGACUUCUUGUUUCUUCCAUUUUUAGUAAGCAUAUUUUGCAUGUGCCAUCCAAAGUACAAAUCUGAAUCUGAGAUAUCAACAGAACACUUGGGAAACUAUUUCUUUUUUGCUGUCUGGAUUUUUAUUUAUUUUUGGACAACACGGUAUCGCCAGGAAUGCUCACAAGAUGUUCAGACCUAAGACUGAUGGUUAAAUCUCUUAAAUGCCUUUAUGUUAAUCUGGAAUUUAGCAGUUGAGUGUAAAAUUAAUAAAUAAAAGUUGCUUGAUGGCUGUCAGAUAAAACAGCUAUUUUAUUUAUGAAGGGCAGUAUUUUUAAAAACCCAAACUUGUAAAUAUUCUACAGGAAUCAUCCCAUCAUUUUAAUGCAUCCACAAAGGGAACAACACUUGCUGCAGUUGCAUCUACUGUUGGGUAUGCUUUGAUCUAACUCAAAUCAGGUUGGGAGUGACAGUGAGAGAUCUGUGAAUUAAUUCCCCACUGUUUAAACUGCAAAUUCCACCCUGGUUCUGAUCAGAACCCUUUCUCCCAGCACCAUUUUCAUAAUUUCACUCUCCUUUCUCCAGGGUCUGCUGUGUAUCUGUGGGAAGGGUGCAGGAAAAGGGUUAAAGCAUUACCUCACCUCCAUGGCACUGUCUAGAAUCACAGCAGGAAGUCUGUUCACUGGAUCACCUGCUAUCACAUCUAGUUAUAACUUUCAGCAAAGCUGGUAAAUGCAGUUAUGUUUCCCCAUUACAGAAUUGGCCAUUGUUGACUGACUGGAAGACAAAGGCCUAUUUUCUCGGUAGAGGUAGUGAGAAUACAGUCAUCAAAUGUUCCAGUGAUAACAGCAUGGGAGUUGUGCAUUAUAAUGCAAUCUGCUGUAUCUGAGGACUAUGUGCCAAUGAUGCAACCAUGUGCAUGGGGCAAAUCUCAUCAAUUUUAUUCCAUUAGUUUCCCACUUAGAGAGAAUGUAGAAAAUCUCACAUGAUCUGCCCUAUACAUGUAGGCACAUCACUUAUAUACAUUCCUUAGUCAUAUAGGAUAUUACAGAAAAGUUGCUCCUAUUAAACUGCAUGUGAAAAAACAGUAGAUUAAUUUUCAACAAAUAUUAAUGACAUUAUGUAUUUACAGAAUAUACGGAAAUGGUACAUGAACUGGCUCACAGGCAGACUGCUAUAUUCCAGGUUUUCAUAUUUUUUUCCAUUGCCUGUAUUAUUGAGUAUUUUUUGACGCCAUUAUUUUUUACAGACUUUUUUAUGCUGUCUUUGCAUUUCAUUUCAGUGAUUCAUUUAGCCUGUCGAUAUGGAACUUGUUUUCAUACCAUGUUGCCAAACAACUUGAUGGGAGUUCAUCCAUUUGGUGCAGCCCUCCUGCCCACCCCCCCCAAAAAAGGAUUUUAAUUUGU